AUGGCUCUCCUCCCAAGAGCGACUGCAGUCCACCAGGCCCGCAAAGAACGUCUCCUCAAGAUGUUCGCGCCCCAAGAACAGCUUCGUCGCUCCGAUAUAUUGUAUGAUGGCAACUAUAACCCCCCUCUCUGGCGAUUUGGUUUCGCCUUCAAACAUGAGGUUGCCCUCCAGUACGUCAAGGAUCAUCGGCUCGAGAUCUCACUGGGUACGGGGGGGCUCACAUUCGCGGAGGCCCUCGCUGGCGCAGGAGAGAGACGAAUGGCGUCGUUAACGGCGCUUGCCUUCCUGGAAAUGAAAGACCACCUCAGCGAGAAAUGCGGCUUCUACUUGGAGUUUGCGCAGGUAUUCUCGCAUGAGCACAGCAAUAUCAUCUACCUGUGGACCAACUACGACUUCGAGGAACAGUCGCGGUUCUGCCUCGACUACGACUUCGUGCUCGACACUCUCGAAGAAGCGUUUAGACCGUAUUCUGGAGCGGUCGCUGAACCGAAGUGGUACCUCGACAUACAUGAUGGCUGUCUGGCAAUCAUGUAG